AUGGCGCCCAGUCAAAGAGGCUGGCAAAUGAUCGAGAUCGUUUCGGUCUUGGUCUCACUCGCCUUGAUCUCCGUUGUACUUCGAAUCUUUGCUCGUCUCCGUAGAAGAGUGGGCUUUGGGGUCGAUGACUACCUCAGUGCCGCGUCUAUACUUCUGCUCAUUGCCAUGUUGAUCGAAUUGAUCUUAUGGUGUUCGAUCGGUGGCAAUGGAGCCCACGCCGCAGACCUGGAUCCUAAAACAUUCAUGAACUAUUGGAAGAUAUUCCUCGCCAACCAAUUCACAUAUUUCUUGCUUUGUCCCUGCAUCAAGAUCUCCAUUGUUUGCUUCUACCGUCGCGUUUUUGCGACCCCACGCUUUCAGCAAUUCACUUUCGGUCUGAACAUCCUGAUCGCCGCAUGGGGCACAGGGAUCUUCCUUGCCUGCGCAGGACAAUGCCGACCUCUGCGCGCCUACUGGGAUCGUAAUAUCGAAGGAUCAUGCUUCGACGCACAGGAAUUCAUCAUCGUCAACCAAGCCUUCAACAUCCUGAUAGACUUCGUCAUCCUCGCCCUACCAAUCCCAAUGAUCUGGAACCUGCACCGUGCCUGGCAAGACAAGCUUGCAUUGAACGGCGUCUUCGCCCUCGGCACCUUCGUCUGCUUCGCCAGUAUCUACCGCAUCGUUGUUCUGUUCUGGAUCAGUCCCAGCGACCCAACAUAUACAGUAUACCAGGCCACAUUGUGGACGCACAUCGAACCCGCAGUUGGACUGAUCUGCUCCAACCUCCCGAUCAUCCGUGGACUGUUCCCUGCUCUGAAGCUGAAGACUUCGCGCAACGGAACAGGUCCCCAAUAUAUCAACACCGAUUAUACCAACUCGAUGUUCCUGUCCAAGGGCAGCCCUCGGUCCCCCGAUCUGGAAUACAUGAAGAUGCAGUCUACCUUGUACAACGCCCAGGUCGAGAGCAAGUCCCCUGGGUUCUUGGGCGAUGAUCUUCACCCUAUGGAUAUCAAUGUUCAGACAGAUAUCUCCAUUCAACCCAAUGAUUCAACCACCACGCUUCACCGCGCUAGUGACAGUGCGGUUUGA